UCUUCCACUGCGCCCUCGAGAACGGACAUAUCGCACUUCUGUAUCCAAUUAACUCCCUUUGCGACAGGAAAUGCUUCAAAUGCUCUAGACUCAGAAUGUAAAUUUAGCUCCGAGUCCCCACGCCGGCUAAGCUUUUAGGAAGGAAACGUGACGCCGAACCCCCGAAAUGCCCCGCAUGACGCAGUCUCCUCCACGAUCCCCUCAUUCUAUAAAUUACCUGCCCACGGCCCUUCCAUUGAUGCUCGACAACCCUCCCCUUCCAAUUGACCACGCAUAACUGAUCUCACAUUGACACAAUGGCUUCAGAAAGAGUAGCAUGGCUCGGCUUGGGCAAUAUCGGCCGGGGUAUGAGCCGCAAUAUCGCCCUGAAAGGCCCCCAAACCGCACCCAUAAUCCUCUACAACCGCACAACAUCCAGAGCCACCGCGUUCGCCGACUCAAUUGGCUCCAACAAAGCCACUGUCGCAACCACCAUCCCCGAAGCCGUGCAACAGGCCACAAUCACCUUCAUCUGCGUCGGCGAUGACCCAACCCUCGACCAAAUCAUCAAUACCAUUGUCUCUGACUCCUCCCUGGACCUCACCUCUAAAAUCAUUGUCGACUGCUCCACCGUCCACCCGGACACUUCCCGCCGCAUCCACUCCAUCCUCCACGAGCGCGGCGCCACCUUCAUCGCCUGCCCCGUCUUCGGCGCUCCCAACAUGGCCGACGCAGGCCAAAUGAUCGUCAUCCCCGCCGGAAAGCAAGAAGCAAUUGACAGACUUCAACCUUUCUUCGAGGGCGUCACGGCCAAGGCCACCCUCCCCUUGCCUGGCGACGAUGUCGGCCGUUCCUCCCAGCUCAAGAUCCUAGGUAACACUUUCAUCCUCAACACCAUCGAGACCCUUGCAGAGGGUAUCGUGCUGGCGGAGAAAUCCGGUCUCGGUGCCGACAUGUACCAGAAAUGGAUCCACACGUGGCUGGGUGGACCCUUUGCGAAGUAUGCGGAUCGGAUGGUCGAGGGCGAUUAUUACAAGCGUGAGGAGCCGCUGUUUGCGGUCGACUUGGCUCGGAAGGAUCUGGGUCAUGCGAGUAGCAUUGCGCAGGAUGCGGGGGUGAGAUUGAGGAGUGUGGAGGUUACUGAUGGGUAUUUGCAGGAGGUGAAGAAGGAGAAGGGUGUGAAGGGUGAUGUUGCGGGAAUUUACGGGGCGAUUCGGAAGGAGUCUGGGUUGGAGUAUGAUAAUUAGUGGAUUACGUGCUUAUGGAUUUAAUUGAUUAAUGAUACUCAUUCUGAUAGAAAACCAGGUUCAGGAUCACAAAUAUAAUGUCAUGCAUUUACGCUAGA